CAGCAUAAUUGUCUUUCCCGUAUUUUCAUUUUCCAGUCAAUCGAAGAUCUGUGAAGAUAAGGAGUAAGUAGUGUCCUAGUGGGCAGAGUACCAGAGGGUAGAGCCGACUUGUCCGCCGACGAUGCUCAGCCUAGGAGGAUCUCCACCGCCGCCGCCGCCGUCACUGUCCAACACCACCCCUCACGAAACCCUCUCUCAAUCUCUUCCUUUCCCAACCAAAACCCACCAAACCCAUCUCUCUUUUCUCUCAAACGGACUCACCCAUCACGCUUUUCGCCCCAUCCUUUCAACCCUUAGAACGAAUUUUUGUGUUUCUUCCUUAAAGAGCCGAAGAAAAGGCGGCCAUACUCGUUCGGCAAUAAACAGUUCCGACGGCGAAGAAGAAGAAGUUGAGGAUGAAAUUGAAGAAGAAGAAGAGGAUGAGAAUGAAGAAGAAGAUGAAUUUAUUCCUUUGAGGAGUAUGAAGGAGUGGUAUGCGAAUAAGCCGCGUGGGUUUGGUGAAGGUAAGGUGUAUGACACUUCGCUUGAAGAAAAACUGGCUGCGGAGAUUGAGAGGAGUAGGAGGGCUCAGCUUGCCAAUAUCAAUAAGCUCAAGAGCAGCUCUGGGUCUACCUCCAAAUCCAGCGAAGGAGUUCUUCUCAAACAGAAGGCUCCUGAAGAUGUUCCCAGUGGAAUUCGUGUACGUUUGGUCAAUCUUCCUAAGAAAAAGAACGUCCACAGGGAUCUGCAGCUGGCUUUCAAAGGAGUUCCUGGGAUUGUUGAUGUAAUUCCUGCUGUUUCUGGAAACAAGAAGACAAGGGAUCCCAUAUGCAAGGGCUACGCCUUCGUUGAUUUGAAGACCGAGGAGGAUGCAAACAGGUUUGUAAAGUCAUUUUCAAGACAAAGUAUUACCUUCGGUAAGAUUCAGAAGCAGGUAAGAUGUGAGAUAAUGAAUCCAAAAUCUCCAAGCUCGGGGCUCAAACUCUCGCCAGAUGUAAAUGACCGUGCUCCUCAUGUGGCAAUACCAAUAACAGUUGGUAAGAUUGAGAAGCGGGAAAAAAGUGAGAUAAUGAAUACCAAAUCUCCAAGCUCAGUGCUCAAACUCCCGUCAGAUGUAAAUUAUCGUGCUCCUCAUUUGGCAAUAUCCAGUUUGGGAGAAAGCCCAGUUGCUAAAUUUGACAGAAUAAAUGAUGUUUUCUCAGACUCGUGUGAGCUAAUUGGCCCCGAUGAUUCUGAGGAUGAAGAAGAUGAACAUGUACCAGCACAAUGGGAAGAAGUUAGGGAAAAUCUGGAAUCUCUCAGUUUAUCAAAGCACAGUGAUGGAGAUAGUUUGGGAACAAGAACCGAGACUGUUGCUGUUUCAAUGCCCUCAAAGCACAAAGAAAAAACCCUGGAAAAUGGGAAGAAGUUGAAAGCUAAAAGAAAAAGAUCUAAUGUUCCAAAAUUCAAGCUUCCAGGAUCUACAAAUAGGUUAAGAGUCAAGGAGAAGGCUGUGCUGACUGGUGUGUUCUCCAAAUAUGCAGCUCUAGCUGCUUCAGCUUCGAAGGGAAAACCUUAGUUAUUGCUAAAACGAGGAUGGCCGUGUGGAUCAAGGGGGGAUGUCAGAGAUUAUGCAGUGGAGGAUUUCAAGUGGAAUUUGGAAGCGGUUCGAAAACUGAAGAUCUGAUCCUGGUUUUAGUUGCUUUUUGUUUUCAUUCAAUGCUUUGUUGGAUGGUUCUUUCUUCUUGUGCUUGCAUAUGAUUAGAUUUCAAUAUAGGUGCCAACCUCGUUUGGGAUUUACGUUGUAAACUAUGGUCCGGGUUUGCAACAUAGACAAAAACAAAAUCUGCCAUUUCAAGUAUGGUUUGAAUGUAACAAUCAUCUUAGUUUCCUUCAAA